CGCCGGCAGGUUGGCGGCGGCCGCUAUUUGAGCGCCGGUCCCGGGCCGGGCGCUCAGAGCGCUUCGAGUCAGCGCGGCGGAGAGAUCGCGGCGCGCCGCCCGCAGAGGCGCUGCGGCCCGUGCAGCCCCGGAGGCCCCGCGCGAAGGAGGCGGAGGAGGCGGAGAGGCGGAGAGGCCGGAUUGCCGCCCGCCGCCCGCGCCCCCCCUCCCCGCGGCGCCGCAUCUUGAAUGGAAACAUGGCGGUGCCGGCUCGGACCUGCGGCGCCUCUCGGCCCGGCCCGGCGCCGACUGCGCUCCCCUGGCCCGGCCGCGGCCCCCGGCCCGGCCCCGGAGCCCGGCGCCCGCUGUUGCUGCUGUUGCCGCCGCUGCUGCUGCUACCGCUGCUCGCCGCCCCCGGAGCCUCUGCCUACAGCUUCCCCCAGCAGCACACGAUGCAGCACUGGGCCCGGCGCCUGGAGCAAGAGAUCGAUGGCGUGAUGCGGAUCUUUGGGGGUGUCCAACAGCUCCGUGAGAUCUACAAGGACAACCGGAAUCUGUUUGAGGUGCAGGAGAACGAGCCUCAGAAGUUGGUGGAAAAGGUGGCAGGAGACAUUGAGAGCCUGCUGGACAGGAAGGUGCAGGCCCUGAAGAGGUUGGCCGACGCCGCAGAGAACUUCCAGAAAGCCCACCGCUGGCAGGACAACAUCAAGGAGGAAGAUAUCCUGUACUACGAUGCGAAGGCCGACGCUGAGCUGGAUGACCCUGAGAGUGAGGAUGUGGAGAGGGGGUCCAAGGUCAGCACCCUCAGGCUGGACUUCGUUGAGGACUCAAACUUCAAGAACAAAGUCAACUAUUCGUACACGGCCGUGCAGAUCCCCACGGACAUCUACAAAGGCUCCACUGUCAUCCUUAAUGAACUCAACUGGACAGAGGCCCUGGAGAAUGUGUUCAUCGAGAAUCGCAGGCAGGACCCCACGCUGCUGUGGCAGGUCUUUGGAAGUGCCACGGGCGUCACUCGCUACUAUCCCGCCACCCCAUGGCGAGCCCCCAAGAAAAUCGACCUGUACGAUGUCCGAAGGAGACCCUGGUACAUCCAGGGGGCCUCGUCGCCCAAGGACAUGGUCAUCAUCGUGGAUGUGAGUGGCAGCGUGAGCGGCCUGACCCUGAAGCUGAUGAAGACGUCUGUCUGUGAGAUGCUGGACACGCUCUCGGAUGACGAUUAUGUGAACGUGGCCUCGUUCAACGAAAAGGCGCAGCCUGUGUCAUGCUUCACACACCUGGUGCAGGCCAACGUGCGUAACAAGAAGGUGUUCAAGGAGGCCGUGCAGGGCAUGGUGGCCAAGGGCACCACAGGCUACAAGGCCGGCUUUGAGUACGCCUUCGACCAGCUGCAGAACUCCAACAUCACCCGUGCCAACUGCAAUAAGAUGAUCAUGAUGUUCACGGACGGCGGUGAGGACCGCGUGCAGGAUGUCUUUGAGAAGUACAACUGGCCCAACCGGACGGUGCGCGUGUUCACUUUCUCCGUGGGGCAACACAACUAUGACGUCACGCCCCUGCAGUGGAUGGCCUGCGCCAACAAAGGUUACUAUUUUGAGAUCCCUUCCAUUGGAGCCAUCCGCAUUAACACGCAGGAAUAUUUGGAUGUACUGGGCAGGCCCAUGGUGCUGGCGGGCAAAGAAGCCAAGCAGGUGCAAUGGACCAACGUGUAUGAGGAUGCUCUGGGGCUGGGGUUGGUGGUGACAGGGACCCUCCCUGUUUUCAACCUGACACAGGAUGGCCCUGGGGAGAAAAAGAACCAGUUGAUCCUGGGUGUGAUGGGCAUCGAUGUGGCUCUGAAUGACAUCAAGAGGCUGACUCCAAACUACACGCUUGGAGCCAACGGCUACGUGUUUGCCAUUGACCUGAACGGCUAUGUGUUGCUGCACCCCAACCUCAAGUCCCAGACCACCAACUUCCGGGAGCCAGUGACUCUGGACUUCCUGGAUGCUGAGCUGGAGGAUGAGAACAAGGAGGAGAUCCGUCGGAGCAUGAUCGAUGGCAACAAGGGCCACAAGCAGAUCAGAACACUGGUCAAGUCCCUGGACGAGAGGUACGUAGACGAGGUGGUGCGGAACUACACCUGGGUGCCCAUAAGGAGCACCAACUAUAGCCUAGGGCUUGUGCUCCCGCCCUACAGCACCUUCUACCUCCAAGCCAACCUCAGCGACCAGAUCCUGCAGGUCAAGUUGCCAAUCAGCAAACUGAAGGAUUUUGAGUUCCUGCUCCCCAGCAGCUUUGAGUCUGAAGGACAUGUUUUCAUUGCUCCCAGAGAGUAUUGCAAGGACCUGAAUGCCUCAGACAACAACACCGAGUUCCUGAAAAACUUCAUUGAGCUCAUGGAGAAAGUGACUCCAGACUCCAAGCAGUGCAACAACUUCCUUCUGCACAACCUGAUCUUGGACACGGGCAUCACACAGCAGCUGGUGGAGCGCGCGUGGCGGGACCAGGACCUCAACACGUACAGCCUUCUGGCCGUGUUCGCUGCCACGGACGGUGGCAUCACCCGCGUAUUCCCCAACAAAGCAGCUGAGGACUGGACGGAGAACCCGGAGCCCUUCAAUGCCAGCUUCUACCGCCGUAGCCUGGACAACCACGGCUAUGUCUUCAAACCCCCACACCAGGAUGCCCUGUUAAGGCCACUGGAGCUGGAGAAUGACACGGUGGGCAUCCUCGUCAGCACGGCUGUGGAGCUAAGCCUGGGCGGACACACACUGAGGCCAGCAGUGGUAGGUGUUAAGCUGGACCUAGAGGCCUGGGCUGAGAAGUUCAAGGUGCUAGCCAGCAACCGUACCCACCAGGACCAGCCUCAGAAGCAGUGUGGCCCCAACAGCCACUGUGAGAUGGACUGCGAGGUUAACAAUGAGGACCUUCUCUGUGUCCUCAUUGACGAUGGGGGAUUCCUGGUGCUGUCAAACCAGAAUCAUCAGUGGGACCAGGUGGGCAGGUUCUUCAGUGAGGUGGAUGCCAACCUGAUGCUGGCACUCUACAAUAACUCCUUCUACACCCGCAAAGAGUCCUACGACUAUCAGGCAGCCUGCGCCCCCCAGCCGCCGGGCAACCUGGGUGCUGCACCCCGGGGCGUCUUUGUGCCCACCAUUGCAGACUUCCUUAACCUGGCCUGGUGGACCUCGGCUGCCGCCUGGUCCUUGUUCCAGCAGCUUCUCUACGGUCUCAUCUAUCAUAGCUGGUUCCAGGCAGACCCCGCGGAGGCCGAGGGGAGCCCCGAGGCGCGCGAGAGCAGCUGCGUCAUGAAACAGACCCAGUACUACUUCGGGUCGGUGAACGCCUCCUACAACGCCAUCAUCGACUGCGGAAACUGCUCCAGGCUGUUCCACGCGCAGAGACUGACCAACACCAACCUUCUCUUCGUGGUGGCCGAGAAGCCGCUGUGCAGCCAGUGUGAGGCUGGCCGGCUGCUGCAGAAAGAGACACACUGUAUCCUGCCCCCGCCGUUCCCCGCCGCCCGCGCGCCCCCUCCUGCCCCGCGCGCCCCUCCGUGCCCUGCCGCCUCCUUGACUCCCCACCCAUGCCCAGCGGACGGCCCGGAGCAGUGUGAACUGGUGCAGAGACCGCGAUACCGCAGAGGCCCGCACAUCUGCUUUGACUACAACGCGACGGAAGAUACCUCAGACUGUGGCCGCGGAGCUUCCUUCCCGCCGUCGCUGGGCGUCCUGGUCUCCCUGCAGCUGCUGCUCCUCCUGGGCCUGCCCCCCCGGCCGCAGCCCCAAGUCCACGCCCACGCCUCGCGCCGCGUCUGAGCGCCCCCCUCCUACCCCUCCCCAGGCCUCCCCGCCUCUCCCCUGCUCCGCUGUCCCACACACCCCGCCUUAGAGCCUCGCCUCCUCCCUCACUGAAGGACCGGAGUGGCCAGGCCCAAGAGUCUGAGCCUUGGGGGGGGGGGGGGGGGGGGCGGCGGUCCCAAAGGAAGGUUCCGCAGGUCUUUGGCCCCCAAGCCACAUCGCGCCGCUGAACUGUCAGAGUGACCCCAGACCCCUUAUUCCCACCGGACUCACCCACCCCUGAGGGCUGGGACAGGGAAGCCACAGUACUGGUGCCAAACCAGGCCUCCACUGCCCACCCUGCCCCAAGGCUCCCUUUGUGCGGGAGACCUAGGCCCUGCCCCAGCUGGACUCCUCUAACCUGGCCCUUAGGCCCCGCCCAGGACCAAAUCUGGAUUCCCUGGGAAUAAUGAAGUUGAGGUGGGUAGUUUGAGGCCUGUGCAUCCCAGCUUAAGUCCUAGCAGGAGAGAGGCAGCCCCACAAUGGGCUCCUGCCCCUUUCAGGCCUACAGCCACCUCCCACCUUCCUUCAGCCCUGCAGGUGACAGUCCAGUGACAGUGACACUGGCUCAGACACAACCCCAUACACACCUGGAGCCCUGAGGGCAGAAACUGGACUUACAUUAGACACACCAAGGAGGACACACACACAAACACACAAACACACACACACACACCAUGGGGUAGGGUGGGGGUGGGGGCUCACAAAGCCUUACACAGGGCAAGGGGUUGGUGGGAGGGUUGGCACAUGCACACUUCAUCUCCUGCUCACCGCCCGCCUCUAAUCUGACCUGCAGCCCAGCUGGUCCUCUGUCUCUAAAGCUGAAUGUCAAACAGUGCCAAAUGCUGGGGCAGGGGAUGACAACCCCGUGUCCCACCCUAGCCGCCAGUAUCCCGGAUAUGUCCCUCACCCCGCCAGGUGCUCAUUGUAACCAUUUCGCACUAGUGUCAGGCCCCUAGCGGGACCACACGCCACUGCCUGCACCAGACGUUGCCCUUUGCCUUAGCCAGAGUGACAUGAUCACUCCUGGCUGGGCCAUCCCACCCCCAAUCUGGCCCUUACACACUCAGGCCCGUGCCCAUUCCCUGUUUCUUCACACUCACACUCUUUAUCUCUCUCUCUCUCUCACACACACACACACACAUUCCCUGCCCCCAACUGGGGGGAGGCAACCUGCCCCUCCCUGCUGAACACACACUUGUACACGCAUACACACAUGUACACACUCUGCACACACACAGGCUGGGCCCAGGCACAUGACUUCACACCAUUCAUUCUGAUCAUUUCCCCCAAAGGCAUCCCAGCCUGGGGGCAAGUGGGGGACAGAGGGCAGGGGGACGUGGCCAUGAGGUUUAGAUGGACUGGGAGGAGGGGGGAGGGUGAUGCAUUAAUUAAUGGCUCCGUUAAUUAAUGUCAUGUUGCUUGUCGCUUUCUCAGUGUGUGUGUAUGGUCCAUGCCCGCUGCUGGUGCCAGGGUGGGCACCCGUGCUGUACACCCAGCCUAGAUGCCAGCCAUGUCUUGCGGGGGCGUGUGUGUAACUGUAGUGUAGUCAGGUGCUCAAUGGAGAUUAUAAAAAUAAAAAAGAAUCAAACAUAUAUAGAAAAAUAUAUAUUUUAAGUUUAAGAAACAGGAAAACAGACAAACAAUCCCCAUCAGGUAGUUGUCCAACCCCCAGCUGGGUCUGAUCCUUCUCAUCACCCACCCGACCUGGCUGCCCCCUCACCUCGGGCUCGGGGGAUCUGUGGGGGACUGGGGGGCCAUUUCCUCUUCUCUGCCCUUUUUUUUGGUUGUUGUUCUAUUUUGUACAGACAAGUCAGAAAAACAACAGUGACAAAAAAGUCAAGAAACUUUGUAAAAUAUCGUGUGUGUGAUUCCUUGUAAAAUAUUUUCAAAUGGUUUAUUACAGAAGAUCAGUUAUUAAAUAAUGUUCAUAUUUUCACUUCAAA